AUGGGCUCUCUUCGAAAGGCCAUCUUCCUCGCUCUAUGCGGUCUCGGUUUGAUUCAUGGCACAGUUGCGUCGUCUGCAGCUGCACCCGAAUCCAAACCAACCCAAGACCGGGCCAUCUACACCUAUCCCUUCACAUGUCCCUCAAUUCUUGUUGAAACUGGGGAUACGUGCGAUGAUCUGGCUCGCAGGUGUGCUAUCUCGGCAGCAUCAUUCACUUCCUUCAAUCCCAAUACUGCCUGCUCCUCUCUGCCUCGCGGAAAGCCCGUAUGCUGCGAGGCAGGAACACAUACCAUUCCACCGGACAGUGGUGGUUACUGCUACGUUUAUACUAUCCGCCAUGAUGAUACCUGCGCGAAGUUGGCCGAGGGGUACAAGAUCACCGUGGCCGAUAUCGAGACUUGGAACACCAACACCGUAGCAUGGUACGGGUGCAAUAAGUUGCAGGAUGGGGGUCAGGUUUGUCUUAGCGCUGGCAAACCCCCAAUGCCAGUUGCAAUUGGUGAUGCGGUCUGUGGUCCACAAGUGCCUGGAACAGCACGUCCGCAGAUGUGGAUGGAUAUUGCCUCUUUGAAUCCAUGCCCUGCGGGUCAAUGUUGCUCUACAAGGGGUAAAUGUGGUACUGGUCCAGACUUCUGUGGCUCAUCUGCGCCCGCUGCUGCCGUGCCACCUCCACCUGCAAGUAAAGCUACAACUGUCAAAACCACAUCUGCAACAGCUAAAGCUACGUCAGCUGCGUCCACAACCAAAACUGUGGCAUUGACAGCCAAAGACGUAUCCUCGACAACUUCAAAAAACAAGAAUCCACAUUUCUUCACGACAGAUAUACCCUUGGUAGAUAUACCGUUGACAUAUCUACACGAGACCACGUCCAUGUCAGCCGCCGCUCCUACUACUGCUCCUACUACUGCUAUCGGUACUGCUACCGGAUUCCUGAAAGUGGCCCAGAAGAUCAGUGUCUUGGCGAGCCAAAUUCGAAAUGCUCCCACAAGCGCAAGUACUACGAAGACCACGUCUGCUACAACAAGCAAAGUCUCAAGCAAACCCUCCACAACCAAGGACUCCCCAGCCUCCGCAACACAAACCGUGAAUGAUGUCGUCACCGUAAAAAACGGAUGGUCGCUGAAGAUGUUCGAUGGAAUGGGCUGCACUGGCAGCUACGUGCUGCUCCAAGGUCACAACAAGUAUUUGGAGGACAGUGAUUGCAUGAAAUUCGGCAUGGCGAGUAAGCUCGAGACCAUAGUCAGCGACACAGCUGUUUCGUGUCGUUGGUGGACUAUACCUGAAAGCGGUAAUUGGGAGUGGAGGGACUGUCACAACGAUGCUCUGAAUAAUCCCAAAUCGUGGAUUAUGUCGAAUGGUCUCUGUACCGUCUCUCCUAAUACGCAGUGCGAUCUUGUCAACGACAUUUCCCAAACUUAUGGCUGGCGGGGUCCUGGUUUGUGUCAUGAUCGCCAGCUGAUGGAUCCAAAAUUUGGAUCUAUGAAGUGUUAUGUUGGAUAA